GUGCCACAAUGGCUCGAAUCUCUGUUGUCAACAUCGUUCUUCACCGUUUGCCCUAGACACCAAGAUUCACCAAAGAACGAAUGCAACAUGUAUUGCCCUGACUGCAAAAACGGCGCGUUUUGCUGCUUCUGCCGGUCAUCGCGACACAAAGAUCAUCCAGUCAUUCAAAUCAGACGGUUGUCGUAUCACGAUGUGGUUAGGGUUGAUGAGAUUCAAAAGGUGUUGGACAUCACUGGAGUUCAAACUUAUGUGAUAAACAGUGCGAGAGUUUUGUUUUUGAACGAAAGACCACAACCCAAGAGCAAUAGCAGUAAAGGAGUCUCUCAUGUCUGCGAAAUAUGUGGGAGAGGUCUCUUGGAUCUCCUCCGUUUCUGUUCUUUGGGAUGCAAGUUAGUCGGAAUCAAGAAAAGUAAAGGUGGUGCAACCUUUAUGUUGAGUGAGAAGAAUGUUGAGGAGGAAGGAACGGCUGCGAAGGGAAGAAGAAGAAGAUUGUUGUUGACAUCAUCAAAAGAAGAAGAAUUGCGUGAAGAGAUAAGGUACUCAUCAAGCACGCCUCCUCCAACUCAUACCAAUUCAAGGAGAAGAAAAGGCAUACCUCAUAGGGCACCUUUUGGAUCCUAAUAAUAAUAAUAAUAAUAAUAUCGAUAUGAAAACAGUUUCAUAUCGAUGUAAAUAACAGCUCAUCUUCCAUUCAUAGUUGAAUGCAUAUAUGAUUUCAUUAAACGUGCAAAAUACAUAUAUACAAGCAUAUGUAUGGUUGUAUACUUACUUGCAUAGAAGUUAUGGUCAAAUUAGGCACAA